GUCGGUGCGCUAAUUAAAUGCAAGCGCGAAAUCGCGGGGCGGAGGAAGAGAGGCGCGCGAGAGGGACUCGCAUGCGCGCGGAUCCUCAAAGGAGCGGGUACGAGCUCCUUUGAGCGUGCAAGCGUCACGCAAAGGAGCGAGUAGGAGAAGAGGAGGAAGAGAAGAAGCGGCACAGGCGGAGGAAACAGAAGAGACGAUCAUAAUGCCGGGCUCUGCUGUAUAAGACAAUGAUACAGUUACACGAUGCUCUCAGUUGUGAGCCAAUCGCAAGAGGCACGACACAACGUGCCCGUGCGCGAAAGUAUAAUGAACCGCGGCAAGGACGACACGCUAAUUACGCCCGGCCCGUUAAUUAAAGGAACGAACGCUCGUUAAUAUUGCCGGAAGACAGACCAGAAGAUAGGACCGUUCGCGCGGAUCGGCGCGAUCCUCACUUCGCCGCGGGAUUUCGAUCAAGUCGGUGAUCCGGUGAACACGAAUCUCUCGCAGUGAUCAAGCUUUGUGUUAAAAAAAAAAGACAAUUUUUCCUACAACGAGGAUUACUUUUGCGACUGCAUGACGUGUACGCCGACCAUUUUACGAUUUUUCUCGUAACGUUGGGAAGGUUUUGUUGACAAUUACCCUCGUAAUCUUGCAGCGAUCGCUCAUCGUGUAUGCGUAUCUUCCGUCGAAUGGACGCUCUUUCAGGGACGUCUCGUGUGAAUGAACCGUGAUUCAUAGAUCGCGGAUAGAAUAGAACGCCAGAUAGCGGCUAGAAAGCAAUAACUAAAGCGCUCACGUGUGUGCUAAUGAGGAUUGGAGGAGUAAGCGAGGAUUAAUUGAAACGUAAAUGCACUUUCUGCCACGGUUUUAUCGAGGCUAAAUUAGAUCGUGUCAUAAUAAUGUAGAAUAAUGAGAGCCAUUUCUGAAUGAUGAAAACGAUGAAAACAGAAAGUUGCGUACACCAUGUGAAAGUGAAAUAAGGUCCUCUUAAAACGUGGAGAAUUUAUUAACAGCGAUGGGACAUCAACAGCAGGGAUUUCUCGUUUUUAUCAUCUACUUGCUGCGAUCCUGUCAAGUGUCGCAUUCGGUUGGUCUCACGUUCGAUAAUCAGCUUGUAAUCGUCGCGAACGAUUGCUACACGAGAGUAGCCAUCGGAUCCAAACUGCAGGACAUGGAUAUCUUUUCCAACGUCGCGGUCGCUAGCAUUUCGGAAUGCGAGGACGAGUGCUCGAAAAGGAGAAGUUCCUGCAACGCGUUCGCUUUCGGGAUUGGCGUUAAGGGUAACGGAACGUGUGCGCUGAGCGCGAAAAUGCCGAAGCCCGAAGAACUACAAAGUCACGCUGAUUACGAUGUCUACUUGAGGAGUCAACGUUCGCCACACUGCGAGCCAGAUCGACUUUACAAGAUGGGAAUCGGACAAGAGAGAAGAAACGAGACGGUGCCGACCACAAUAUUUGGAAGCGGCCUCUUGGGCCCGACAAUGCCAAAUAUCCAGCCAUUUCCGAGAACCAUGGGGAGUUUGCCUAACAUCAAUGGCCCUCCGUAUCAACAGGGAUACAUGCCUUCCUUCGACGACGAGCGCCGAGUCAUCGAUAUCGUUCGAAACAGAAAUCCGACACCACCCGCCAGUAAUCCUUUCGGAACUAAUAACGCGAAAGUCGAUGACUACGAUCUGUCAAUACACACAAACCGAAAGUUGGCCUUCGGUCAAAAAACGCACUCAGAACCGAAAUACAGUCGCCCGAGUUUCGCUGGACCGUCCUAUUCAAAUCCUUUCGCCGGUGUCAACCAUCUGAACUUUGGUUCGAACUCGGAUGGCGAUCUACAUUCGUACAAGGCCCUCGCCGUUCAUAACGGGCCCUUCGACGUUUACUCGAGACCCCUCUACGUCUACGAUGGAACCUCCAAAGACAGAUCCCCGGCGGGUCUUGGAUCUUGGAGUGAUCGCGAUACAACCAAGUAUCGCACCCCGAAUCAUCUCGAUCAGCAUCGGCAUCAGGAAUUUCUCAAUAGCGUGUACAAAAGUCAAGGGAUUGUCGCGAGACCGAAGCAGAAUGAGUUAUUCGCUGGAAAUUACGAUUUCCGAAAAAUCCCCUCGCGUCCAGUUGUCAGCAAUCCUUACGGCCUCGACACCAACGGAGCAAGACUCUCGAACGAGGGAUUCGGAGAUACCCCCGAGCUCUGGAAUCCAGGACUGAUGACGAUGUUUCGCGGCUUCGGCGCGAGGAUCACCGAAAAAUCGAAAGCGUGCUACAGAAGACUGCUGUCCGGUAAGAAAAGCCUGGAUCUGCACGUCAGACGUGCCAUCGAGUGCGAGAGGAUCGAGGACUGUCAUCGCGCUUGCGACUAUGAGAAGCAUUUCACUUGCGAGGGCUUCAAUUACAGACGCACUGGACACGGAGCGAGAGGAAUGUGCGAGUUGACAUCGGUGCCUUAUUCCCGCAUGAACUUCCAUCGGGACUUCGUAUCGGAUCCUCAGUGCGAUUAUUACGAGAAGGAUCCGAAUUGCGCGAUAAACACGCCCGAGGCGCGGCCAUCCUGGUGGAACCAACCGUCCAGACCUGGUGAAUCCUACGGUCCGCCUUACUCUCCUAACGAAAGGCCAGAUACAAGACCCUACGCUCCGGACCGACGACCCUUAAACGAAGUGCCACGGCCUCUGGAUUACGAUCGGCGGCCCUUGAAGGAAAUUCCGCGACCGUUCGACUACGAUCGGCGACCCUCGAACGAGAUCCCGCGGCCUCUGGAUUACGCUCCCAGACCCGCGGAACACGAUCGACGACCAACGAGUGUCUAUCCUCAUCGCGGGUUGUACGACGAUACGUUUGAUCGACGGGGCUAUCCCGAUGGUUCAAUACGGGGUGGAUACCCGGCGACGAGACCGGAAGAUCGAUUCGUCUACAAUGUCCGAUAUCCGUCCAGACGACCCACCGACGACGAGUUUUAUAACAGAAACGUACCAUGGGCACCAUAUCCGAACAGAAGAAUUGAUCAUGACAUAGGCACGAACGAGAUCGGCUCGUAUCUGCCGGACCAUCGAAAGGAUCCGACCCGCGACUGGGGUUCUUACGGCGUUUACGGCGGCUCUUAUGGCUACGACACGAAUUACGUGGGAAAGUUCGACAUACCGAAGUACUAUCCGAAAUCGCAGCCUAAACCACCGCGUCCCUACGACAGCGACCAAUUCUACGGCGAGUUUUAUAAUUACGGCGGCGCAUUCGGAUACGGCGACAAUUAUAUACCGGCCAACCAGGAUCAGCUUUACGGCGCAGCCGGAAGGACCGACGAAUGUUCCGUCCGAGCCGGUGCGGGAUUCAGGCUCAGCCGAGGAGUCGUUCGGAAGACGUAUCUGACGCCAAAUCUGGAUCAGUGCGAGAGCCUGUGCAUCAGCGAGAAAAGCUACGCCUGCCUGAGUUUCAGCUACAGGUACAAUGUGGCACCCACGGACCCUACGGACAAUUGUCUUCUCAGCGACGUUUCGUACAAAGAUCUGAACUUUUACGUUGACCUCGAGCCGGAUCGCGAUUACGAUAUUUACGCCAUGGUCACCAACUCGCGAACAUGCGGCACGAAGAGAGAACCGAGCUCGCAUCCUCCAGACGAGUGUUUUUGGAGAGUCAGAAGCGGAUUCGGAAUGCCCACGGACAUCGUUAGAAAAUCGCUAAUAGCCGACAACCUAGGGGAGUGCCAGGCAGAAUGCAUGAUAACGCAAGACUUUAUGUGUAGGAGCUUCGCGUUCAAAUACGGGCUGGAACAAGGGCAAUCGGAUGUUUCGACUAAUUGUUACCUGAGCGAUUGGCAGUCGCAAGAUAUCAAUCCUGCCCAAAUGCUGGACAUGGACGGCGCGGAGGUGUACGAACGAGGCAGUUUCGGCAGAGGAUGCGAGCCUUACGCCGUACCGUUUUUUAAUAUGGGACGGUUCAGCGGCAAGCAACCUUCGCAAGGGGACGAAGAAUGCUACUCUGGAUACAACAAGCCGUGCAAAUUGACGCCUUAUGCCGUUCUCUUGGCAACGUACGUGAACUCGGAACAAAAUUGUCGGCAAAAGUGCUCGAGGAUGAGAGAAACCGACUCCAUACCUUGCAUGUCCUACAGUUACAAACUCACCACGCAUGGCACAGAAGAGAACUGUCUACUCAGUGACGUCCCUGUGAGAGAUUUGCGACCUGGUCUGGACUACACUGACGACGACGAUCACGUUCUUUACGCGUGGAAGGACCUCGAUCCCUACUGCAUGAUGACUGGUUACUCGCUCGACGACGAUCACGUGUUUGGUGGACCAGGCCCGUUGAAGCCGCUGCUCACAGAUCAUUCGCGACCCGAUUUCAGUCCCGGCAGAUACCCGAGUACGAGACCCGACGACACUUAUCCCGAAUCAAGGCCUUUCUUUACGAAACCGGGCGGUUACGGCGGUAGACCGUUCGAUCCCGACAAGCCUGAUCCUAUCGGGCCGCCUUCCCCUGGCGGUUACGGCUAUGGUGGUUACGGAUAUGGCGGUUAUGGUGACAAGUUCGGAAUCCGUCCGGGUGGAUCCGGCUCUUUCUACCCGGAUGAAUACUCGACUUUCCUUCAUUACACGGUGAAUGGCUACCCGUGCAAGAGAGGUACGAAGUGCGAGAGAAACAAACUCGCUGGAUUUUGGGCCUGCGAGACCGAGGGAGGCGGAUACGACAGCUGGGACUAUUGUUGCGCGCCGGCUCGUCAUUGCGGCUUCUCGCAGGGAUAUCAUUAUCCAUGGUGCUACGUGGGAUCGUCGGAGGACCAAUGGCGCCCUUGCAGCGAAAAGUACUACCCCUAUCUCCCGAGUCCGCGGCCGAUCCGGCCGACGAUCGGCGGCGAGGACCGGUACGAUCGUCCCGACCGUCCGCACGAUCCCGGUUACGGCAGACACUGGCCGAUCACGUAUCUGCACCGAGAACCGCCGCCGAAUUGCACGGACUCGCUCGCGUCCGCGGACAACAGCGGGACUCGUCGUCCGAACGAAACGACCUCGACCACGAUCAAAACGCCGAGCAGCACCAGCGCGGUCAGGAGCGACGAAAGCGGCACCACGAGCGCGAGCAAGGUACGCCGGCGACGGAUACGAGUGCGCACGGCCAGCGACACGCGGAACGACGGAAACGCGAUUUUCUCGCGCAAGGUCGGCGCCCGGAUCGUCGCGGGUAACGCGACGCGGACGCGCGAGAAUCGGACGAACCGGGAUCGCGCCGGGAAAAUCGAGCGUGUCUCGAGACCGGCGAGCACCGAGCCGCCGCCUACCGCGCAAACCGUCGCGUUGUUCGUAACGACGAACCGCAUCGACGACGCGCGACUCGAAGGUGCGAAAAGCGGCGACGGAAUGAUCAAAGUGCCUCUGAUCGCGCCAAACAAUUCACUGCCAGCGGCGGGAGCUUAAUUAUUCGUGGCGAGCCCGAGCCCGCCGCCGUGGUCCCGCCGUAAGAGAAGCGACAGGCUUCGAAAAACGACAUUACUUGAAAUUUUAAGAUCGAAUGAGACGAGCGAGAGACAGUUUAAGAUUGCUGAAAUAUAACGAUAUGUUUAUUUAAGGAAUAUAUUUACGAUCGAGGGAGUUUUGUAAAUAUAUAGAUAUAUAUAUAGAUCUCUUAAAUAUAUAAAUAUGAAAUUGAUUUUCGCAAACAGUUUCGAAACGUCGAUAUCUAUAUCAUCACGUUUAAAAUUAAAAACGUCUCUGUAUAAAUCAACAUCACUUUGCAAAACGCGUGAUUGCGCUUAACUCUUGGCGAAUGAAGAUUGUAUACUACCGCGAUCUCGCAAACUACUAUAUAUCUCUCUCUUUAAAAUAUUCCUUUAAACAGUACACGCUUCAACCAUAAAAUUGUCCGAAUGACAAUUCGUCCUAUCGCGAUUUAAUUCGUAAUUGCAGUCAACUUAAUUAUUUCACUGUUUGAUAAUUAAUUGUAAAAAGAAUUUAUACAAUAAAGAACUCACGAGGACACUACCGUA